CAAAGAAUGGCUGUCACGUCACCACGUUAUCAGAAACUGUGCAAGGACACUCAGACAGAUGUUGAUACCCAGACUGAUCUUUCUAAAAGGGCUCUGGGGAGUCAGUUCCAGAAUACCAAGGCACAAGAGCUUGAUAAGUACGGAGAUGUGGACCACAUUCAUAUAGCCUCGAGAAGAGAGUUUUUGGAGGCAGGUGCGGAGAAAUGGACAGGACUCAUAGCCAUCCUUGAAGAGCUUUGGUUCUGGGUAAAGCUGAAGGAUGAGGAGCAGACAAAGCAGAGGCCGGUGGGAGAAGAUGCCCUGCACAGCGAGUUGAUUGGACGGAGGCAGGAUGUGAAUCAGAUGUGUCUGUCUCUGGCUGUUCAACCUACAGCAAUGGAAGUCCAGAGCAAUAUAGAGACGGCUGCAGGAAUUCUCAGUUAUGUUUCUUAA